GCGCUGUUUAUAUACUGCAGGUCAUUUUUGAAGAGCUGUCAUGGCCGAAGCGAGUCGGUACGACUUCGACGCUCCGUCSCAUGCGGUGGAUUUUAUGGAGCUCGUAAACGCAGAAACGGACGACGGCUGGUUCGAUCAGAAUGCUCUACAGUCCACUCCUUCCAACUUGGUCAAGUCAUGGUCCAACGAAGCUCAGAGAGGAGCCAAGAGGACCACUAGUGAGAAUGCUGCUCAACCACAAAGGGUUUCCAAACGAAAAGUGGGCAGCGGUUCGGGUGCACCCCCGACAAAACGACUAAAAGAGAUUCCAGUUCCUCUGAAGCCUCAGGCCGGGGUCCGCAGGAGCAGGCGCCUCCAGUCCACACAAAACCCCAGCAGCAAACCUGCAGAGCCCGUGUCCUCGGAGCAGCUGGAGCUGGAGCGGAUCAGGAACCUGCAGGAGGAGGUGGCCCUGCACCGCAGACAGAACGAGGCCAGCUUCAGAGCCGCUCUGGCCGGCAAUCCGCCUCCAAAGAAGCUGGCUCUGUCCACCACCGUGCCCGAAGAGUUCCACUUCAGCACCGACACCAGGGUCAGAGCCUCCACCCCGUCCACCUCCUCACAGAGAGAGGUGGACUUUGUGAGCCAGCUGAGGAAACCCUCAACCCCGGUGAAGGCUCGUAAAGGAGCCACAAUCCCCAAACCCUUCAACCUGUCAGUGGGUCACAGGAAGGGGGAGGAGCCUGGGGACUACGUCCCCAUGGCCCAGCAGAUCCAGCAGUUCCAGAAGAAGACCCCGGCCCGGUACCACCUGCACAGCCGCAGAACCCAUGACAGAGGCCCGUCUCCGGUCAGAGGCCAGCAGCUGAAGCUGACUCAGCCCAGGACUCCUCAGCUGAUGACGCGUAAGAGGGGCCGACCGGCCAUGGUGAAGAGCAGCGCGGAGCUGGAGGAGGAGGAGCUGCAGCAGCUGCAGAAGUCUAAGRUCAAAGCUCUGGAGCUGAACAGGAAGAUCCUGGAGAGCGCCGAGGAGCUGAAGAAGCCGGCGGUGAAGGAGCCCACCGUGCCCGAGGAGUUCCAGCUGGAGAUAGAGAAACGGCUGCAGGAGAGGCAGACCACCAGGAAGAGCCAGGAGGACCAGGAGAAGCCCCACACCUUCAGAGCUAAACCUUUACCUAAGAAGGUCCUGGAGGGUGUCGUGGGAUUACCAGAGAAGAAGGUUCCUCUUCCAACAGUACCAGAGUCUCCGGCGUUUGCUCUGAAGAACAGAGUCCGGCUGGAGAGGAAGUCUGAAGAGGUCAAACCGCCCUCUCCRGUUAAGGCCCAGCCCGUUCCUCACUUCGGCAUUCCCUUCCAGCCCCGCCUCCAGGACCACCAGGUGGAGGUGUGUCCCUUCAGCUUUGAGCAGAGGGACAAGGAGCGCCAGGCCCUGAAGGAGAAGAAGCUGGAGGAGCAGAGGAACGAGGRGGUGCCACAGUUCAAGGCCCAGCUGCUGCCGGACUUCAGCACGGUGGUCCUGCCCGAGAAGAAGAAGCUGGAGCCCACCAAGCCAGAGCCGUUCAAGCUGCUGAUCGACGAGCGAGGAGCCGUGAAGACCACCCGCUGGGAGGAGACGGUCAAGAAGGAGCAGAAGCUCCAGGAGGAGGCGGCCACCUUCAAGGCUCGGCCCAACGUGGUCACACACAAAGAGCCCUUCAGACCCCAGAAGGAGAGCCGACCCGCCGUGGACUGUCCUCCCUCCACAGUGGUGGAGCCCUUCCAGCUGGCCACGGAGCGCCGCGCCAAGGAGUGGCAGGAGUUCGAGCAGCUGAAGGCCGAGAAGGAGGUCCUGAGGGUCCGCAUGGAGGAGCAGCAGAGACGGGAGGAGGAGCUGAGGGAGAGGGAGGAGAUCGCCAGGCUGCGGCAGGAACAGGUCCACAAGGCUCGGCCCAUCAGACAGUACAAAGCUGUGGAGCUGAAGAAGAGUGAACUUCCUCUGACUGUUCCACAGACGCCCAAGUUCUCCGACAGAUUCCGCUUCUGAACAGCUUCCAGCUGCUGCACAUGUUCUGUUCAUUCCUCUUUUCUUAACUGUUGUAUGAUUUUUAUCUAAGAUUUUAUCUUUCUUUUUAUAUUCUCACCUGUUUUUAUCUAACCUUUUUUAUCUCUUUAUUGUGUAAUAAAGUUCCUCCGUUGAACCUUCAGAGUCUGGAAGUUUGCA